UCUGUUUCUCUCCCAACGGCGUUCCUCGUAUCUGGAAUUUCUUCAAUCCUCCCGAACUCUCCUUAAUUCCUAAACACCAUACUCCACAAAAAACCACUUAAAGAUUUGGGUCACACAAAUUUUCUGCAACUUCAUCUGAAUCCCUCUCUUCAUCUCGCUCCAUUUAGCAUUAUAGGUUCCAUAUUGUUGGUUAUAAGUCUGUACCGUGUUUUGUGGGGGAAGAGCAAAGAACAGAGCAUGGAUGGUUCGCCAGUUGAAGCAAAGAGUGAGAGUACAGUAGAUGUGAAAAUGGCAGAAGAGAGCAAUGAAACGGAAUUAGUCGACUUUAAGGAGUGGGGUUACAGGACCUUUAUUCCAUCUGCCACCAGACUUAAAGAGGUGGGAGUCAAAUUUCAAAAAGCCGAGUCAAGACACAUCUUGGAUGUAAGAUUUAACAAGGGUGUCCUCGAAAUUCCACCUUUGCUGAUUACUCCAUUGACAGAAACCAUCUUCAGGAACCUCAUCAACUUUGGGCAAUGCAGCAUUCUUUGCAUCCCAUGGGUGACAUGGUACGCCAUACUCCUAGAUUGCCUGGUCAACACCUCAGAUGAUGUGGAUUUAAUGAGUAGAGCAGGAGUUCUUAAUAACAGGUUAAACCCUGAGGAGACGACUAAUUUCUUUAACAGAGUCCGUGAUAACAAUCUCAUAUAUGACUUCUUUUAUGCACCACUUUGCGAAGAUGUCAACAGAUAUUGUGAGAGAAGAUGGCCGAGAUUGCAAGCUUCUUUGAUCCAGAACUAUUUUACUAAGCCAUGAGCUAUCGUUUCUGUAGUUUUUGCCACAAUCGUUUUGUUUUUCACCAUCAUGCAAGUUUUCCAUAAGUAAUUUUUCUAGCACUUUUUAGGUUAGCAAAGGUACUAUCCGUUGCUCUGUAUAAUCAUUUUUAUUAAUAUUGUAUCAAUGAUCUUUGCUUACUAUCCUUUGCUCGGUAGAAUUAUCGAUCUAUCUUUGCUUUCCGUUCAAAAGUUGUGUGUGCGCUACAAGGAACCGAGAUAGGGGAAUCAUCAAAAUAUGUUCUGCAUCAGAUCUGGAUGUCAAAUAAUGAAGGUUCCAAGAUUUC